AUGUCUACGAGGAUUGCACGCUCGGUAUCUACCGGGCUCGUGCUUGCGGGAGCAGCUUUGACUGCUGGAGGAAUAUUUUGCUUCCCUUUAUAUGCCCCAACCUUGGUGGAACGACUCUCGCUAUCCCAGGCGCAGGUUUCUACCAUCGCAUUGGCGGGAAUGUCGGCUCAAUACCCACUCGCAGCCGUCAUGGGCUCCCUCCUCGAUACCUAUGGUACCUGGCUAACGUCGCUCAUUGCUGGGAUUCUCUUUUCAUCUGGGUUUGGCAGCUUUGCCUACCAACUCUCCAAGGCAGGACGAUUGCCGCCAGGCUCAGCAAAUUCGCCGUUUAGGAUACUGGUCGCCUGCUUCUUUCUUUGUGGCGUUGGAACGGCUGCUUCACUCUUCACAAUCAUGUUCUCGGCGUCGCAAGCGUUCCCUGGACACACGGGAAUCAGCACAGGGGCUUCGACUGCUUUCUUUGGUCUUUCUCCUCUCUUCCUAUCCGACAUUGCUUCUAGCUUCUUCUCGAACGAGGCUAAAGAACUGAACGUGACCAAGUUUAUUAUCGUGCUAAGCAUCACGGCUGGGAUCGCACACGUAGUCGCAGCAGCAUUCCUGCGCAUCUUCCCGCCCAAAGCAACUAUCCCGCAUACCGCCGAUGAAGAAAUCGACAAUCCCGUUCCAGUCAUUCAUCCUACAGAACACACUCCACUACUGAGUGGACCAAACAAGCCCACAGACGAAGUUGUAGCACCAGAACAGACGAUUAGACAGCUCCUCAAGGACGUCGACUUUUGGUUGCUCGCAUUGACCAUGCUCCUACUCCUAGGCUCAUGCGAGAUGGUUCUCUCCAAUAUCGGUACAAUCGUUCUUGGAGUUCCAAUGCACCGCGGAGACGUGACGACCGGGGUCGAUACACCCUCUGGUAGCGAAGGAGGCGUAGUACAAGUUCGUCUCCUCUCACUCUCCAACACUUGCGCGCGACUCCUCGUCGGACCCCUCGCAGACUAUCUAGCCCCCGCUCCGCUCGCACAUCCAACAGGAGAAGUAUACUUUCCACGCAAACGCUACGUCAGUCGUCUUGCAUUCCUCUCCACUGCGUGUGCAUUGAUGGCCAUCGCGUACCUCUGGAUGGCUGCGGGCGUUGUCUCGCAGACGGACAUUUACCUCGUAUCCAUCGCUACGGGUGUAGCGUAUGGUAGUGCCUUUACCGUGACACCAAGCAUCGUCGCCUCGCUCUGGCUUGGACCGAAUGCUGGGCGAAACUUUGGAAUCGUAACUUAUGCGCCCUUCAUCGGUACUCCUCUUUUCGCAUACUUGUAUGCGUUCAUCUCGCAGUCGUAUCAACUCGAGGGCGAGACGGUGUGCACUGGAACACGAUGCUGGCGUACUACCUUCUUUAUCACCACAGCGACGACGACCGUCGCACUCUUGCUCAGUCUUACUCUCCUACGCAGACGACGAGAAAGUGUCUGA